UACACCUAGAGCAGCCGUGAGAGAGAUAUGAGAACAGCUGCACUGGAUAGCACUGAAGAAUGGUGGAGUAUCACUUAAACUAAAAAACAAUCAAAGGAAAGCAAAAUAUCUUAAACAACCCUGGAGGAGCCAGAAAAGGAGACUACACAGCACGAGCAUGAGGCCACGAUGAGCUGUGCUCAGGCUGGACCAGAGGAGAGCUCUGGUAAUGCCAGUGCUAAUACUAACACCAGCCUCAACAGCACCAGCAAUGAUGAGUUGGAGUGCAAAAUCUGCUACCAGCGCUUCAAUGCACACAGCCGCAAGCCUAAGAUUCUGGACUGCCUGCAUCGCGUGUGUGCCAGAUGCCUCAAUAAGAUCCUGGACAUGGGUGAUGGCUCUAGCUCCAUCAGCUGCCCUUUCUGCCGUCACGAGACGCAGAUCAGUGAGUAUGAAGUGGCUGGGUUGCCAGACGACUCAAACAUCAUGUCUCGUCUGGCUGUACGGGACAAGUCCUGGAGCUCAGACCACAGUAAGGAGGUAGUACUGACGCCCAAGAGCCUGUCCUCCAACGACAGCCCAUCCCACGACUCCUCCAACUGCCUGGUCAUCACCAUCAUGGAGGUGCAACGGGACCAGCAACGCUCACCCAGUCAAAAUGCCAGCUUGGAUUACUACGGUGACCACAGUCUGGACUCAGUCUCUGUAGCAUCCAACAGCGGUGCCGUGGACCAAGACGCAUUGUCCAAGUUCUGCAAUCACGUGCCGCGAGUCUUGGUGUGGCUGCUGGGCUUUUUCUAUUUCGGUUCGCUUCCACUUGGCAUCUACUUGCUGGUGAUCCAGAGAGUGACUCUGGGGAUUGUGUGCGUGAGUCUAGUGCCCUCCAGUCUCACAGUCUGUCUAGUCUAUGGCUUCUGCCAGUGUCUGUGCCAGGGCAUGUGCGACUGCUCCAACAGGGGGUGACUGGUACAAAACAGGCCAGUGAAAAUCAUAGGCUACAUCAUCUCACCAUACAGAGAGGAGAUAAAAAUAAGCUCUAGGCAUCUGAAUAUCCUUGCUGCAAAAUCAAAUGCAAUUUGUACCAUCUUGCUAUGAAGGGAUGUGUACAAGCAGCUGUGAUAAGAGGACAAGUCAAGCAUUAAAGAGGAAGGUCAGUCUGGAGGAAAACUGAUUAGCUUAACACAGUUUCUGCACACACCCAUCAAGCUCAUUCUGAAAUAAAAAGGCUGACCUGUUUGAAAUGUUCUCCAUGCAGAGCAGAUGAUGAUGCAGAAGUCGGUGUUUAUCAAAGUCAAGCAGAGCGGAUGUGCCAUAAAGAAUAAAGUUUUAUUGUGGUUGAUUUUCAUCACUGGGGAAGAAACUGUGUGCCCUGAUUCUCAAUGAAAAGGCUCCAUGAGCAGCACUGUUACAGGUUAAGACUGGACUAGUCUGUCUAGUUAAAGACAGAAUACUGUAGAUAUUGCAAAGUGAAGAGGUGGGUAACCACUGAGGUAAGAAUGGGCCUUUAAAUAAAGAGAUUUGACCCAUGUUGUUGUUCUG